CCGGCUGACAUCAUCAAUCCUCGCCAAGAGAGCAUGGCGCUGCUGCUGUCAGGCGAUAGAGGAUGCGAAUAGUUUGUUGUGAGUUCUUUUUUGGGACCCUUUUAAACAUUCACGGCGCAUUUAACUGUUUUCACCUUCGUGUCUUUGUUCCUCAUUUGUAUUUGCGUCGGUGUCAGCUGACUCCUGGGAGCUAGCGAGUCUCUUGAUCGUCAACAUGCAGUCUGCGAAGGUCAGCUAUUUGGCCCUAGUUGCGUCCAGAACUCUCGGCUCGAGUAGACUUCACUUUUCGGAGCUUGUGAAAGUGUCUGCCUGCGAUCGUGUCCAUUGUUCGGUCACUCAGACCCGCUCUUGUCAAACAGGAGCGAAGCCGGAGGAGACCGUAGUUAUUCGCGUUCCUCGGUACCUGCAGAAGCGCGUUGAAAACGUGAAGCAAACACGAGGAACUAAGAAGAUCAGCAACAUCAAAGCCGGCAAGCUCCUUAUCCAGGGCAGGAAUCCUGAACGGAACCAGUCUGCGGGAUACGUGCUGGGGAAAUUCGAGCGGCCCGUCCUCUGCUCCAAAGGAUGGAAACAUUCCAAAUCAUGCGGUGACUAUUUCAUCAUCAACAACGUGAAGGAUGCUGCGCCCUACAUUGCUGAAAACAAAAAGGAGGAUGCUGAAAAUCAAAAGGAGGGCGCUAAAAAGAAAAGGGAGGAUGCUGACAAGCAGAAGGAGGAUGUUGAAAAGAAACCACCGGUGACGUUUCAUAACCUUCGCAUCUGCGAGCAGCUGGUGGAGACGUUGGACAGUGUGGGCAUUAAAUAUCCCACCACAGUUCAGCAGCAGACCAUCCCAAAGGUCAUGAGAGGUCACAACAUUCUUUGCGCUGCUGAGACAGGCAGCGGGAAAACACUGUGUUACCUCCUUCCCAUCAUUCAGAGGUGCAGGCUGCAGUCUGAUGAGGAGGAAGAGAUGUACUCCGAGGACAGGAGUAAGAUUUGCUCUGUGAUUGUUGUCCCUUCCAGAGAGCUGGCUGAGCAAGUGGCGACUGUGUCCCGGAGGCUGGGUGCUCCCUUCGGCCUGCUCACGAGGACUUUGGGCGGUGGAAGAGGUGUGGGACACAUCAAGGAGUUCUUCAAGAGAGAUCAUCCAGAUAUUUUAGUGGCCACUCCAGGGGCACUGGUCAAGGCCCUGCGAAGACGUUGCCUGGAUUUGAGUGAGCUGAGAUUCUUCGUGGUAGAUGAGGCGGACACCAUGUUCGACCCCAGCUUUUCUAGUAUGCUGGAGGACAUCCUGCAACACACAAACAUUGCUCAUGAUCCCAGUGAAACCCGUGGCCUCGGCCAUAAAGCCCAGCUGCUGCUAGUGGGGGCAACCUUCCCAGGCGGUGUCGGGGAUGUGCUCAGCCAGGUGACAGACCUCGGCAGAAUGGUGGUUAUCAAAAGCAAGAUGCUGCACUUCCUCAUGCCCCAUGUCAAACAGACUUUCCUCAAGGUCAGAAGUGCUGACAAAAUCCUGGAGCUCAAUCAAGCUGUGAAGCUGCUGCAGCAAGACAAAGGAGGUGGCGCUGUUUUAGUCUUCUGCAACAAGUCUUCGACUGUCAACUGGUUGGGCUACUCGCUUGAGGAGAUGGGGGUUAAGCAUGCACGUCUGCAAGGGGAGAUGCCGGCUGCUGUGCGUGCGGGAAUCUUCCACUCCUUCCAGAAGGGCACGGUAGAUGUGCUUGUAUGCACAGACAUUGCUUCGCGGGGCCUGGACACAUCCAGAGUGCGCUUAGUUGUCAACUACGACUUCCCAGAAUCCCAGACGGACUACAUUCACCGAGCAGGGAGAGUAGGGAGAGCAGGAGGGGUGGAGGAUGUGGAGGUGCUCAGCUUUGUCACAAAACCCUGGGACGUGGAGCUGGUGCAGAAGAUAGAGACUGCCGCGCGUAGGAGAUCUAGUUUGCCAGGGUUGGAAUCUGAGAUACAUGAGCCAAAGCCCAAAUCAGAGAUUGAAGAGUAAAUGUUUUGCUGAUUUUGUUUAAAAAACAAAUAUUGUCUAGUUGA